AUGGCAUCAACAUCCCAGCGUCUGCGAGGUAACAGGAAGGUGGAAUUUAGUGAAGACUAUAGAAAUUUUCUGCAGAACCUGACGUACCUCAGCAGAAGUUUAUCAGAUAACAUGACAGAAAAUGAGGUGAAGUUUAAGAAAAAAAUCCAUGAUCUUCUCAACACAGCUCAACAAGACUGGUUUGUCAAUCCAAAAGACAAAUGGAGUUUCUUUGGGUCUCUCUUUUUUUGCUGCACAGUGUUCACGACUGUGGGUUAUGGCAAUACCUACCCUGUGACACGGACUGGGAAAUAUGUCUGUAUGUUGUAUGCUUUGUUUGGUAUCCCUCUGAUGUUCCUGGUCCUGACAGACAUGGGAGACAUCCUUGCAACUGUUUUAUCCAAGUCUUACAAUGAAUUCAGAAAACUGCAGUCAAAAAUUCUAGCCUCCAAACUCUGCUCUGGAUCCACAUGUAACAAAAGGAAUGAACUAAAAUCCAGAGCACAGUCUAAAAUAGUCAUCAAUGAGCCCGUGACGAUCAUGGAACUGUUGAGAAGUCAGGCUGGUGUGAAAAGGAGGCCUGUGAAAUAUCGCAAUGUUGAACUUUUUGAAAUGUUAAUUGCCAGAGAAAAUGAGCAAACAAAACCAGCAAGAAAUAAAAGCAUUGAGAGAUGGAGUUCAUGUCCUGAACUUGCCAGGGGAAAGACAGUGUCCAGAGUAAUUGAGAAUUUUGACAAAAUAGGGAAAGAGUUAGAAAAAUUAGAUGUGCCCAUUGUGUUAAUGGUGCUCGUUAUCUUUGUGUACAUCUCCUGUGCAGCUGCUAUUCUUCCAAAGUGGGAAUCCAAUUUGGAUUUUCAGGAAGCCUUUUAUUUCUGCUUUAUCACCUUGACCACUAUUGGAUUUGGAGAUACACAGCUGGAACAUCCCAAGUUUUUCUUGUUUUUUUCCCUUUAUAUUAUUAUUGGCAUGGAAAUUGUCUUCAUUGCUUUUAAGCUGGGCCAAGAUCGCUUAAUUGUUUUGUAUAAAAAGGUAAUUUCAUUUUGUGCAGAGAAAAAGAUGCCAUCAAAGAAGAUAUAUCCAAAAUAA